AUGUCUUUCUUUGAUGUGAACGGCGGAGCGGGGGGCAGGAGUCCACAGGUGGGAGACAGGCGCGGAGAGAUGGCGCCUCCCAGCCACGCCGACAACCAGUCGGGUGGGCUUCCUCCGCCGUUACUGUCUUCCGCGUUUUCUUCGCACGGCCACCCUCUUCGCCCGAACCACGCGAGGAGUGACUAUCCCGUGUCCGAGCCUCGACCCUCCGGAGAAGAGACGGGUACAAACAACGCUCCGGGAAACGCGGCCUUUCCGCGCGCGUGUCUCCCUGGGCCUUCGCUGGCAGCUUCGCAGGCAAACGGGGCGGAAGGCAGGGAUCCAGGCGCCCACGACGAAGCCCGCAGUGGAGGCCCGACCGCAGGUCCGUUCGGUUUCCACCUGGGGCCUCUCCCGAGUUCCCUGUGUGGUCCUCCCCCGCCCAGUCCGCCGCCUCCUGGCAGUGUGUGUGUGCGGCCCCAGCACGUGGGUGGGGGCGGAGAGAGCUCUCGCGGCGGACCCAGAGAGAGGUUGCCUGACGGCUCGCUUCACGCCGGCAGAGCGCACCAGUCUUCCCACGGCCCUGUCCCUCCGACUGGAGAGGUCGACGGAAACCGACUCGUGGGGGGAGCAGGGAUGGGACCGGGAACCGGACCGCCCAACAGAGGGGUGGGGGGGGGAGGCGUCGGCAGAGGAGGAACUUUCGAGGAGCACGCAGGCGGCCGAGGCGGCGCGGGCCGAGGCGGACCUCUGGGCGGCGUGGCGCCCGCAGCCGAGGGACUCGGACGCGAGGAAGGCCCUUUCCCAGACCGAGACGCUCCGCGACCGGAGAACGGACCUCCACACCCACGGAAGCUGCGCGGCCCGCACAUGAACUCUGGAGGCGGCCGAGGCCAUGGGGGUGUCGACUUUCCGGGGGGCGGGCCGGGUCCCGUCCAGCACGGAGGCCCUCAAGACCUACAGGGUGGCCUGGAGCCUCCCCGCGGGCCGCACCUCCCGGGCGACGUACAGAUGAUGGGGCCGCCGCUGCAUCCGCCGUUUCAUCACCACGGAAGAGACGGUCCUUCUCCAGGCUUGGGAAGCGACAUGGGCGGGGCCGGCAUGCGCUUCGUCAUGGGCCACCAUUCGGGCGGCGUGCCGAUCCUGCCGGGCCCGGGCGGGCCCUUGCGGGGCGGGCCGCAAGUCGGACCGGGUGGAGGCCCGUCUGGGGCUCCAUUCGGACAGGCGCCAACCGCGUCAGGAGCGGAGCCGAUGCUCGGGUGUGGGCCGAAUCUGUCGAUGCCGUCGCAGAUGAUGAUGCCGCAGGGGUCGCCUCCCGGAGGCAUGCAGUCUCCGGUCGAUGUUCACCCUGGGGGCAUGCGCAUGGGCGGUCCCCAGCCCGUCGUCGGGGUGCCAGGCCCCGUCGUGUGUGGGGUCGGCCCCUUGGGCUCUCCGCCGGGAGCGGGCGGCGGGACAGGCCCAGGCUUGGGGCUCCAGGGCCCGCCGGGCAUGCCUGGCGUCGGCGGCCAGGGUCUCCGCGGUCCCCCGGGCAACAACGCGGGCCCGCUGUUGGGCGUAGGUAUGGUGGCCCCGCUGGUGGGAGUCGGGCCGCACGUUGUUGGUGGAGGCAUGGGAUCGACGACGCCCCUGGUAAAUCCGCCGCCGCCGAGAAGGCGGAAUGUGUUGGACAUCCGCGAUCCGAGGACCGGGAAACUUGUCAUUGGCGGUUCGUUGUUAGACGGCGCGGGAUUCUUGGCAGAGAAGAAAGAGACGCCUGGAGACGACAAGGAAAAAGGUGGAUCGGCUCAGAAACAGAAGGAGGGUCAGCCGGGAAAGAAAGAAGAGAAGCGAGCGUGGUCGGGGCCACCGCGACAAGGAGACGGCGAGAAACUGGGCGACGGAAGUGGACCGAAGGAUGCCAGUGGCGCCAAGGCGAAGGGAGGAGACAGUUCAGAGACCGUCCCGAAGCCCGCCGUUGUCGUCGAUGCGCCGGGCCCCGCCGCCAAAAGUAAGGAAGCCGCGCCUGCGUCCUCGCCUCGUGCGGAGGAAUCGCGUCCUUCCGACGAAAAGGACUCCGAAAGGAAGAAGGAAGAGGGAACACCCUCUGAGUCGAGAGCAGACGGCAGCCAACGGCGGCGGGGCUCGUCGCACCCCGCAGGCGCCGGGCAGGGCGAAGGCGGCUGGGGAGCUCAGAGGACUCCAGUGUCCCCUGGGGAGGCCUCCAAGCAAGAAGCUGUGCUGGGCCACAAGGAGAAGGAAGGCGCGGCGUCCUGCGCGGGGUCCGCGGAACCUGCAGAAGGAAGACACGACAGUCGAAGAAGUCCCUCGGGUGGAAGCGGAAAGGAAGACACUUUCAAGACCGUGUACGGCGGAAGCACGAACAAGCGAGAGCGCCGCAAGAGCCAGAACGCGUGUGCGUCGCCGGCGUCGUCGCCUUCUCAAACGCAGCACAAUUUGGCGGCCCCGACGAACAGGAGUCGAUCGAGUGCGGCAAACGCGAGAAGAGACGCUGCUCACGGCCAGGAAGCGGGCCUCGGGGACCAUGGCGUGGGCGGGUCAGCGCCUGAGGCUGCGCCCGUGAAAGGCGAAGACUCGGCUUCGAAUGGGGUCAAACACGCAGCGGUGGAGGCCCCGCCGACCGCCGCAGAGACUCCAGGCCUCACGGUGGGUUCAGUCGUCUUGGGCUCGGCACUCAAGAGGAACUCGCCGUACGAGGAGCCGGGCUCUGGGCCUGCUGCAGCUCGUUCGGCGGGCACCAGCGGACCUGUCUGGAGUGGCGAGAGACAGGAAGGCGGGAUGCCGGCCGGAUCUGCAUGCGGCGAUGUGCAGACGGGCGGCGCGCCUCAACAGUCUCGAGGGAAGGGGCGACGGGCAUCCUCGCUUCCUGAGGAAGAGGACCCGAGUGGGAAUCGGCACCCGGGCUUCGCGCCGAAACGGGGCAGCAACGCAGUUCCUCCACCUCCUCCCGGGGGCCUUCCCGCCUCUCGACGGGGCAAUGGCGGGAGCGCUUCACACGCCGCGGGGCGAGACGGGUCUGCGCCGUUUCUGUACUCCGAGAACGAGCCUUCGCUUGCUUCGAAUCCGCCCACAGGCCAGCAGGCCGAGUACGGAGUGUUCUCCCGGUCGUCUUCGACAGGCCUUCCGGAAGGGAAAAACUCGCCGCUCCGUUCUGGGAGCGCAGUCCUGUCUCCGUCCUUUUCGUCCGCGCUCGGCUCUGCAGGCGGGCGGCACUCCGGGUUCAAGGCCCCGGGUGACGAGAGAAGUAUCAAGAACAGCCCGCCGUCGUCGAGAGACGGAAGAGGCAAGGAAGGCUCGACGCACGCGCCGAAUCAGCUGAAGAGACCAGGCGGACGAGCAGACCGAGGCGUCGGCCCUGCGGCUUCUCAGUACGGUCACGGCCGGAGUGGCGGCAGCCUAGGCGGGCACGCUGGAGAAGACGAGAGGGGAGCAUCGGGCUUUGUCAAGGGCGAGAAACUGUACGGCUACGCUCAGGUGCCGCCUUCUCCGACGGGCGGACCGGGAGACAAGGCGGAGGCCGUGCUUCGCGACGAGGUGGAACUUCAUUCGGGUCAGGGCGGUGAGCGGUUUGGGCCGGAACGCAGUGACAGAAACGCCGGGACGAGACAGGGCCCGUUGAAGAACGGCGAAGGAAGACAGCGACGCGGAUCCUUCGGCGAGAGGGGAGACCAGAAAGGCGCAGUUGACCGCGGAAGCGUCCGAGGCGGCAACGGCCCCGACCGGGGAGGCGAGAGAGGCGGGACCGCCAUGGCCGGCUUUGGAGGCGUCGGCGGCAACAAAAACUCAGCGGGGCGGGGGUGGCGAGCCGCCGGGAAAGCUCAAGGCAGAGACUCCUCGCCUUUGACUUCUUCGGAGGCCCACACACCGCAGUUCAGUGCCAGCAGUUGUCUCACGUCGGGGCCGGCUGCGACUCCGGGACCGAGGGGCGUGUGGGGACCGAACGGCCGGGCUGCGGGGGGUGCGUUGAUGCGCGCCCACGCGCAUGCAGGGAGAGGAGGGGGGACGCUGGGCGCGUCUCCGCAAAAGACGCCUCAGCCGGAGAAGUCUCUCCACGGGAAUCCGCCCGGCGUGCCCGCGUCUCCGGUGAACAACGCGCAAAACCAGGCUCCAAAGACGCCGGUGACCCCCGGGGAGACAGGUGCGGAGAGAGAGAGCAGUUUCCCGGGGAACCCGGGACGCGAGGAGGACCCGAGGAGAGGCAACACCCAACGACCGGGGGCGUUGCCUGUCGCUGCAGCGAACAAAGGCUCGGGUGAAGGAGACGGAGACGAUGGAGCCCCCGGUAUGGGCAGGGAAGGGCGGGAAGGCCCACGUGGGAAGGAGGCGCUUCGACAGAGAGACACCACGCCUCUGCACAAAAAUAACGGCCUUCCUUCUCAGGGGCCGACACCGCGGUCUGGAGGCAGAGGCCAAGAAGGCGGCCGAGGGCGCGGAGACAGGCAGGUCGGAGGACCGAAAAUGGGGAACAACGUGAACGGGGGAGAACGGGGCGUGCACGCAGCAUCACCAUCCGAAGGCAAAAUGCCGAUGCCGGCUCACGCCUCGCCUGGACUCGGGGGCAGAGGCGGUCCGUCGUUGGUGUCGGGUCCUCCAGGGCCGUGUGGGGAGAGAGAGGGCCGAGACACGUUUUCGUCAGACUUUGCUUCAUCGCAAGAAGGACGACGAGGCGAGAAAGAAGGCACUCCGCCCGUCUGUUGUCCGCACCCCCCGACAGGGCCUGUGCCGCCGCAUCUUCUCCCGGCUUACGACGGCUCCGGCCGUUUCGUGCCGCGCCCCCAUAUGGUCCCGGCGCUUUCGGCUUCGGGUUCGAGCGAGCGCGAGACGAAGGGGGCAAACGCGCCUUUCAACGCGGGCCCUCCCAUCGUGACUGGUCCGGCGGGCGCUCUUCUUCAAGGCACCGGGGGAUCUGCGCCUCCCUUUGGGGGUUCGUCCUUCGUGCCGUACAAGGCCUGUCCUCCAGCGCAUAGUCCCCUCCUGUACCCCGCAGCCGGGGUAUCAAACGUCUGCCCGCAGCAAGAUCCGCACAGCCCCCCUCCGUUUGCGGCCUUCCCGCCGUCGUAUCCAGGAGGAAGCGCACCGCCCCACGGUCUCGGCGGACCGCCCCUGCCUGAGGGUUCUCACGGCAUGCGCAUGUUCCCGCCUCAGGGGCCUUUCCCUCAACAAGGCGUGGUCGGCCUAGGCCCAGGAAUCGAAGGCCCGGGCAGAACGGAGUUUCCGAUGGACGGAUGCUCUGCCGGCCAGAAGACCGGGAGCGUUCCCGGCGGAAUUCUUCCCCCGGACCACACCGCGGCGGGGAACGCGGGCUUCUCCGGUGGUCCUUCGCCUCCGGGAGAAGGCGAAACCCCGGCCGACGGUCCGUACACCGUAGGCGUGUCCGGCAACAACGGCGCGAUCCCUCUGGUACCGUCGACAGAUCUUUCCGGGGCCGCGAACAUGCCCGCGCCCGCUACGUCGCCCUACUACUUUUAUCCACCAGGCGCAGGAAGCGAAGUGUCUCUGGAAGGCGCGCCGCCCGCGGGGCCCGUCCCACUCGACGUGAUGCACCACGUUUCGAGUCAUCAACUCCCGUUCCUAGGCCAGCCGAGUCCUCAACAGGUGAACUGCAUGCAGUUGAACAGCGCCGAGAGCUGCGCGAACGCGAACUACGGCGCGGAGCGGGAGUCGGCGCACGCCCCAGGCGAAAUGCGAAAUGGAGCUCCUUUGGCGGCCACACCUGCCAGCAAGGGUGGAGAGGCAGGGGGCGUGAUGGAGGGCGAAGGCCCGCACCAUCCGAUGGGCCCUUUCCCGCCGCAAAGUUCCUUUGCCUUGGGCGGCGGGGCUGCCGUUCCGUUUGGUUACCCGCCUCCGGGAAACACAACGAAUUCGGCUGGGAGAGACGCGUCUCCUGGAAAUCCACAGAGCGGCGCUGGGGUGUAUGGACAGUCGCCGGUGAUGGGUGUCCAUACGCACCAUCCGCCGACUGCUCCACCGUCUGAGUUUGGCAUGUCUUCUCGAAAUUCCAACCCUAAUCUUCUGACGAACCAUUCCGGGCCCCAUCCGCACAUGCCGUUCCCGUCUUCGUCCCCGGCCUCGUCGUUCCCGCCGCGUGGACUGAACCCGGAAGUCGGCGCUGGCUUGCCCCAUCCAGGCUCCACGCCGGGCGUUGCUCCGGGAAGCAGUCUCGGGCCCAGUCCUCAUCGUCUCCAGCCUUCGCUUCCGCCCCCCGGAGGCAUCGGGAUGGGCGUCCAGGGGUUCACCCCUUCCGGCAGUCAACCGGCGAAGCCUGGGAUGUCUCCGCCGCUUGGGGCUGAAGGAUCGCCGGGGUACUUGGACGGGACGGGCGCUGCCGGCUCCGCGCGAGGCCCGUUCGCGCCUCAGGGACCAGGCCCCCAGACGAUGCGCGGCUCUGCAACGUCUUCCCCGCGGAAGUUCCAGGGAAACCAAGGCCCGCAGGCGGCUGAGUCGUCGAGCGACAGGCGCAGGAACCACAACAGGCGCAUCGAAAAUCAGCCUCUGAAGCGCCGAGGAGACGAGUCGCCUUCGCGGCCCAGCAGCGUCAACGGACGACUGCGUGCGGGAGGUGCAUGCGCUCCCCAGGGCGGCUUCAUGGCCCGACAUCAGUCCGGCGGACAGGGGAGCUCGACCGCGUCGCCUGCGGGGCAUCCGCCUCUCCUCUGUAGCGCAGGCGCGGCGUCGAACCUUGGAACGGUCUUUGGAGCAGGGGUGGACGCGUCGCUGGGCGAGACGUACUCCCAGCCCGGCGCCAGUGCAGGCCCAGCGCCCUUCCUCGGCAGCGGGCCGGGAGGCCUUCCCGGAUGUCCGCCGCCUCCGGUGUACGGGGCGCCGUCGCCUUUCGUUCCAGCUUAUGGGGCGAUGGGCAUGGGCCGCGGCGUUGCGGCUCCGGCCGCCUUUGGAGGGCCUGGAGCCCAACCGGGGCUGCAGCGCGUCCCUCCUGGAGAAGGCGCGAGCUGCCCCGCCACGCCCGUGGCUGGGCCCCAGCAAGGCGGCGGCCGUGGAAUGGUCCAGGGCGCGCGCGGUCCCCAGAGCCCCGGAGCGGCUGCCGGCCAUGGCGUCUGUCAAGCAGGGAGUCCGCAGCGUCGCGUGAGGAAAGUCGCCAACGUGCCGAUGGCAGACGCGCGGCGGAGACGCGGCUCACCCAGCUCGUGGACGGAAAGUUCGCGCGUUGAGUCGGAGGCAAGUGCGGACUUUGGCGAGUCUGCGGUUCAGCCCAGUACUGCAGUCCCAGCGGGCAUGGCCGCGUCGCCCUUCGCAGGCAAACAGCCUAUCGCCCAGACCGCGCUGGGCUCCUCGGCGCGAGGGCCCAAAGAAGACGCCUCCGCUGUGUCCGGUCAAGACGUCGCUGUCUCUGCGGAGCCUUGCCUGGCGAGGCCCUCAACUGCGGCGACUGGGCCCCCCUUGUUGGCAGCACCUGGGAAAGGCCAAGAGACUCGGCGGGUAGAAGAGAGGACGAGUGAGACGAAACCCGCGCACAAGGAUCAGAGAGACGAAGGACGACUGUCCCCGCCCAGCGGCGUGGACAGUGCGGCUUCUCCCUCCGGGGUGUCGAGCUCGAGUCCAGCCCUGGCAACGGCCCAAGAGGAAACAGGAGAGGACGAGGCGGCUGAAGGGAAGGGAGAGGCGAUGGAAGAGGGCGGGACGCCCUCAGAGGCUCCAGCGGAAGCGAGCGCAGAAUCGGAGGCUGCGGCAAGCGACGCGAAGGAAGUUCCGGCGGCUGCACUCGGAAGUGCGUAUCCAUGCGAGGAACAAGGGAGAGAAAAGCGAAGCGAACAAGAUGGAACGCAUGGCGCAACAGAGGCCGAGGAAGAUGGCACAGCUGGUGCGUCUUCUCCGGCGUCCCAGGCGAUUUCGAGCCCCAGUGAAGACGCCAAGGCGGAAGCGGCGGUUGACAUCUCAGGUUUGCCGCCGGGUAAGUCAGAGGAGACGCGCAAGGACGAGACGGAGGAAGGCAAGCGGGAGCAGCACGACGGAGACUGUGUGAGACGGACGGAAGGGGACACGGGAGAGGAAGGCGCGAAGGAAACUGCGGAAGAUCCUGUGGCAGAAGGCGCGUCUCGCGGGCCUCUUCUCGCUCCGGCGUUGAGAGGAGAAGGGUCGUGCAAGGAGCCGGAACGCACCGAGGAGACUCGAGACGUCGCGGCCUCUGCGGAGGAAAACAGAGACGGGGACGAACCUCGAGCCGCGACGGGAGUGGCGGGAGGGAAGCCGGCAACUCAGGGUCUCCUUGUCCCGGCCGGCGAUGAGGCUCAGGGUGACGCGUUGGAAGCCGAGGAAGCGGGGAAAACGGAGCUGCGUGCGCCUGCAGACGCGCGUGCCGGAAAAGGUGCUGCCGCGGAGGACGCGCAGGAAGACGCGGAGAGUCGGCCGUCCUGUGUCGCCUCGCGGGAUGCGAGACAGACUCGACCGAGCCUCGCGGAAGACCGACCCUUCUUCGAGCGAGCUCGAGGUUCUUCGGCAGGUCUGGUGGGAGCGCCGCCUGCGUUGUCACCCUCCGCCUCUCAGCGGGACGCGUCUGGCCCCUCCCUUCUGGGCAGGGAUCUGUCGCCUUCGGUGUCUGUGGCGAAGCGUGCGGCUGCGGCCUCGCACGCCGCCCCGUUCGCCUCGCAGCUCUACGACAAGAAGUUGCUGGUGGGGCUCUUCCUCGCGCUCCACGGCACCUUCUCGCCUCCUGAAUUCCUCGGCCGAAUUCGGUGCGUCAGCCCGGGCGAAGCGCAGCUCGGCGGGGCUUCCAAGCGGUCUGCCGCGUCGAAGGACUGGCCCGCGUCCAAAACCCACAAACAAGGCGGGAGCGCAGGCAACGUGAAGUCCAAGCUGGGCAACGCAGGCAGCGACCGCUCCAGCGCCGCGAACGCCCAUGUCGCGUCUUCACCGGCCAGCGCCUCGCUGCCGGGGAGUCUCUUUGGAAAGGGCGGCGCGCAGGCAGGCAAGGGCGGCUUGAUGGGUCGGGGCGGCGGUCGGGGCGCAGGGACCAGCGGCGAGUGGCCGCACUUGGCUGGCGGAGAAAACUUCGACAGAGCCGGCCCCGGAGGCGUCGUCGAGAGAUCCGGAAGCACCUGCUCCAGCGGGGGUUGGCGCGACUCGCCGGCGGGCAGCAAAUGGCGCGAGGAGAGCGCGGCGCUCGCUCGCCAGAACAACGCGUCCCAGGGAGGUAUCUUCGGCGCAGGCGGAACGCCUGCAGGGAACCCCCGCGGGCACCAAGGGAGCAUGACCGACUCGUUUUCGCGGCUCGGCGGUUUCUUCAGCUCACGUCCUGGACAGAGCGGCGGCAGCUUGCAUGGCGCGUCGAUGCAGUCAGUGUCGCGGGGCCCAGAGUUCCUCCUGAAGAAGCAAACGCUGGAUCGGCCACAGCGUCUGCGUCGCUCGAUUAACAGCCUGCUGAACAAGAUGUCCAUUGAUAAGUUCGCAGUGGUGACGGAGAAGAUUGCGGUGGAGGGCGAGUCGCUGGAAAAUGCAGAAGAGCUUCAGAUGCUCGCGGAUCUCGUGUACGCGAAGGCUGUCACGGAGCCGGAAUACAGCGAGAUGUAUGCCGACUUGUGUCAAAUUCUCAAGUGGAGAAGUCUGGAAUUCGAGAAGGAGGGCGAGGAGAAGAACCUCAACUUCAACAGGGCCUUCGUCAAUCGUUGCCAGGAAGAAUUCGAAGCGCUCCAAGGCAGGUUGGCGCUGGAAGUCACGGAGGAGGAGCGCGCGCUGUGUCACUCAGAGGAGGAUGUGCAGAAGCUGUCGAAGAAGAAGAAAAACCGAGUCCUCGGAAACAUGCGCUUCAUUGGAGAACUGUACCUUCGCAAGUGCAUCGCGCCGAGCGUCCUGAAGGCCGUCGUCACGUCUCUCGUCUUUGGAGACUCGGGCGAUCCGGAUUUCUAUCCCGAUGAGCACUUCAUCGAGUGCUUCACGGAGCUUUUGACCACCAUCGGAUUUACCUUGGACAAACAGCCGCACACUCAGCAGAUGCUUCACGAGUUUAUGGGGAAGCUGCAGGAUCUCCAGCAGAAGGCGAACUACAGCAAGAGAAUUGUCUACAAGAUCCAGGAUCUGCUGGACUUGCGCGCGCGCAACUGGACCAAGAAGGUCUUCAGAGAAAAGGCGAAAUCCGUCGCUCAAAUUCGUGAAGACGCGAUGCGCGACGAGCUUAUGGGCGGCGCGAUCCACAUGGCGCAGGCGGGGACCUACACGGUUGUCGGUCUGCGGAACACCGUUCACUACAGCUACUAUCUCCAGGAACAGCGGACGAUUUUCGAGAAGAAGAAGGCAGCCAAGAAGGCUGCUGACGCGGCGGGAGGAGCAGGAGGGUCCGGCGCGUCCUCGUGGCCGAGCGCGCCGCUGCCGGCGGGGCCCGCGAGUGCUGAACCCCCACCGGCCUUUGGCGCCUCGUCGCCCAGCAGCGACAGUCUCGUUCCGUCUCCCCCCGGCAAGCCAGGGCCGCCGCCCUACGCGGUCGGGGCCCAAGGCCUCGGGACUGCGGGCGCGUUGGGCGCGACUCCCGUUGGGCCGUUUCCGGGGCCUGGCUGCUGUUUGCCCGCGGCCCACGGCUUGGGUGGACCUGGAGGCAAGGGCGCCGGCAGCGCCCCGCCCCUCCUCGGCGGGGCGCCACCGGCUUUCCAACCUGUCUCCGGGCCCCACGGGCAUGCGCGGUUCGGGCCCGCAGGCCCCAGUGGCGGGGCGGGAGGAGGCAAGGGCCUUGUGGGCGCGAGAGGCUCCGGAGGUCCAGGACUCAUGAACGUGGGAGCGGAGGCGCCCGAGGCUCCGCCGCCAGAGCCGUGCGAACCGCCGGAGUUGAAGAAGGACGUCGAAAUUCUGUGCUUUGAAUUCGUCAGGGAAGAGAAGCCUUUCGCGGAAUUCUGGCAAGAGUGGAAGGCCCUAAAGAUGCCCAACUCGACGUCGCGGGAACAGUUUCACGCGUUGUGCGCAAAAGCAUCCGAUGAUUCUCACCCCGAACGAUCCGCGCGCUACGCAGACCUCCUGGGUCAUAUCCUGUGUGAACAAGUUCGGAUGUCGGCGUCGCUCCGACAGUUUGUCGAUGUCAUCAACGUGAACUUUUUGCCCCAACUGGAAGACAUGGCUCUGGACAACCCUCGAGUGACAGCGCUCUUUGCAGUGAUCAUCGCAACGAUGGUGACCAGCCCAAACUUCACCAAGCGCCAGGAAGGUUGCAUGCCUUCCCUGGAGAUCCCAGCGUCCGAGGAUGUUGCUUGGGAGUUUCUUCAAGCGACCUACGAGGAGGUGAAAAAGCGCGUGGGCGGAGAGAACGAGGCGAAGCUGGCGUUCGUGAAGAGCCUGACGGAAGCCUCUCUGCGUCGGAAGUUCCCCAACCAACCGGACUUUGUGGCGAAGAAGCUUGCCUCCCUUGGCUGA